UGGAUCUAGCCAACAAGUUCAGACCAAAUUGCAUCUUAUACCACUUAUUGGCUAUUAGUUAAAUCAUUGUUGUUAGACUACUUAUAAAUAUAGUAAAUUUGAAUACAUCAAAUAAGUAAUAUAAUAUCUUCAAUAUUUAAAUCAUAAAAUAUUUAAAAAUAAUUGGUAAAUGAAUUAUGUUUCCAUCAUAGCAAUGUUUUUUUUUUUUUUUGUAAUUGGAGAAUAAUUUUCCAUUGAUUUUUCUUUUCCAUGGAAUUAUACAUGCCAUUGAUGUUCCAACGAUUUCAUGUUCACUUAAACAGAGACAUCCUUCAGACUUGCCACAUCUGUAGCUGUCAAAUCUUUCUCCGAGCUAUGGCCUUCAGCAAGUUCAACAAAACUCGCAGCCAUUCACCAGGACAGCUAUCUCUUCUUAUGGUGGCGGUGGUGAUCUUAUUCAUCUGCUUCAAAGUGCCUUCUGUCACUUCCCUGAGUUUUGAUUUUCCCAGUUUCAAUCAGAAUGAUCGCAAUAUACGUUACGCAGGAAAUGCCUCUGUCACUAGCCAGGAAAUCUCCCUCACAACAAACCAGAGAGAGAAGGAUAUGUCUGCCAGCAUGGGUCGUAUCAUCUAUGCUAGCCCUUUAUACCUUUGGGACAAGGAGUCCAAAAACCUCACCAACUUCUUUACCAAUUUUUCCUUCACUAUUGAUUCUUUAAACAGUACCAACUACGGAGAUGGGAUGGCUUUCUUCCUUGCACCAACUGAUUUCCCAUUUCCGGACAUGGCCGGUGGCGGUUUUGGUCUUUCUAAAGACAACGAAACGUCUGCAUAUCCAUUUGUUGCAGUCGAAUUUGAUACUUACGGAAACAAAGGUUGGGAUCCACCUUUUGAUAGUGGUAAUGGCGAACAUGUAGGUAUCGAUAUCAACUUGACGGUAUCUAAGAAUCAUACUAAGUGGUACACUGAUAUAGAGGAUGGUAGAAGAAAUGAUGCUUCAAUUAGCUACGACUCUAGUUCGAAAGUUUUAAGCGUUACAUUCACCAGCUUUAAUUCCAGUAGCAAUGAGAUGUUCGAGCAAAAUCUUUCUUAUCAAGUUGAUCUAAGGGACUGUUUGCCUGAAUGGGUUGCAAUUGGUUUCUCAGCUACCACAGGAGCAUCAUUUGAGAUGCAUACUCUUCACUCAUGGUAUUUCACUUCCGACUUGCAAUUCAUUGACAAGCCAAUACCGCCAACAGUCAGUGCCCCAAUGAUUGAGGAGGUUCCACCAACAAAGAGAUCAAAGAAAGAGGUGGGACUUGUGGUUGGGUUAAGUGUAUCUGGAUUUGUAAUCUUUAUUAGUCUAAUUUGCCUUUUCAUGUGGAAAAGAAGCAGAGGAGAGACAAAUGUUGAUGAUGAAGAAGUUGUUGAUCAUUUUGAUAUGUCAAUGGAUGAAGAUUUUGAAAAGGGUACUGGGCCAAGAAAGUUUUCCUACAACGACUUGGUUAGGGCCACAAAUAACUUUUCGGAGCAAGAAAAACUUGGGGAGGGAGGUUUUGGUGCAGUGUAUAAAGGAUUCUUGAGGGAAUUCAUGAACUCCUAUGUAGCGGUGAAGAGAAUAUCAAAAGGUUCCAAACAAGGAAUGAAGGAGUAUGCAUCGGAAGUUAAGAUCAUUAGUAGAUUGAGGCACAGGAAUUUAGUCCAACUCAUAGGUUGGUGCCACGAAGAAAAGAAACUCUUACUUGUUUAUGAGUUCAUGCCUAAUGGAAGCUUGGAUUCCCAUCUUUUUAAACAAGACAGCUUGUUGACAUGGGAUAUAAGGUACAAAAUUGCUCAAGGAUUGGCUUCAGGGUUGCUGUAUUUACAAGAAGAAUGGGAGCAAUGUGUAUUGCAUAGAGAUAUAAAGUCCAGCAAUAUCAUGUUAGAUUCAAAUUUUAAUGCCAAACUUGGUGAUUUUGGUUUGGCAAGACUAGUAGAUCAUGGCAAAGGUCCAGAAACCACAAUUUUGGCUGGGACAAUGGGCUACAUGGCUCCAGAAUGUGCCAUUACAGGCAAGGCUAGCAGGGAAUCAGAUGUCUAUAGUUUUGGUGUUGUCGCUUUGGAAAUAGCUUGCGGAAGAAAACCCAUCAACUAUAAGGCUGGUGAAGAUCAAGUUUAUCUGAUACAAUGGGUUUGGAAUCUUUAUGGUGGAGGACCUUCAAAGUUGCUUGAAGCCGCUGAUCCGAGACUAAAUGGAGAUUUUGAUGAGCAGCAAAUGAAAUGUCUGAUAAUAGUCGGGCUUUGGUGUGUUCAUCCAGAUGAAAAAUGUAGAGCUUCAAUUCGACAGGCAAUUCAAGUCCUUAAGUUUGAAGCCCCGUUGCCCAUUCUUCCAGCAAAAAUGCCUGUGCCCACGUAUUCUCCUCCCCCUCAACCUCCUUCAUCAGUGUCUUUGUCCUGGGAAGCUACUGGAAGCCAAAACCAAUCUUCAAGCUGUAGCUACACAACUAAUUCUUCGAUAAGCACUGUAUCUUCUUCAGGCUCCUCUACAUCUGCGUUGCUGAUGCACACUCGUUAAACUUGUACCCCACACCAUCAGUGCCUGUUUAGUUCGAUAUGUUUAUUUACUUGGUCGUUUCUGUUGUACUCAAUAUUGCUAUUAUCUUCUUUUUGAAUUUCCUUUCUAAGAUUUUAUUUGUAUUGUUAAAUGUAAUUUCGUUCUGUUCCAAGCAUGUUUGUUCUGUCUUCAUUAGUAUAGGCUGGUUUGGGGUUAUGGAAGGGAGUUCCAUACUGUUUACUGAUACGAUAACUUCAUAAAAUCUUUAGCAAAAUUUACUAGAAACUUGCUAAUGGAGGAACGUCCGCUAAUAUCGUAAUUAAAUAAGUUCCUUACGAUGGGUUUAAGCCAAAGGACAUUUCCCAGCAAGACAUUCGAUUCAGGCGA